AUGGUCUCAGGAAAUGACUCUUUGGUGACCGAGUUUAUCCUACUGGGUUUAACACAACAGCCAGAACUCCAGCUGCCUCUCUUCUUCAUUUUCUUAGGAAUUUAUGUGGUCACCAUGCUGGGGAACUUGGGCUUGCUUAUUCUGAUUAGUCUGAACUCCCACUUGCACACGCCCAUGUACUACUUUCUCUUCAAUCUUUCCUUUGUUGACCUCUGCUUCUCCUCUGUCAUAAGUCCCAGAAUGCUGAUUAGUUUUAUGAAACAGAACAUUAUCUCUUAUGGAGAGUGUAUGAUUCAGCUCUAUUUCUUCUGCUUCUUUGUUAUUGACGAGUGCUGUAUUUUGACAGCAAUGGCCUAUGACCGAUAUGUGGCCAUCUGUAAGCCCCUGCUUUACAGAGUUGCUAUGUCCCAAAAGGUGUGCCUCAUGCUGAUGGUGGGCGCAUAUAUGAUGGGCUCUGCGGGCGCUAUUGCUCACACCGUAUGCAUGUUGAGACUCACCUUCUGUGAUGGCAACAUCAUCGAUCAUUACAUGUGUGACAUACCUCCUCUCCUCCAGCUCUCCUGCUCAAACACUUAUAUUAAUGAGCUGGUAGUUUUCAUUGUCGUGGGCAUCAAUGUUAUCGGGCCCAGUAUCACCAUCUUCAUUUCUUACACCUUGAUCAUCUCCAACAUCCUCCGCAUCCGUUCUAAAGAGGGCAGGUCCAAAGCCUUCAGCACCUGCAGCUCCCACAUCAUUGCGGUUUCUCUCUUUUUUGGAUCUUCCGCAUUCAUGUAUCUUAAGCCUUCUCCUACUGGGUCUCUGGAUCAAGAUAAAGUAACUACAGUUUUUUAUACCAUCGUGGGGCCAAUGCUGAAUCCCUUCAUUUACAGUUUGAGGAACAAAGAUGUCCAAAUUGCCUUACAGAAGACACUGAAGAAAAGUUUCUUCUCUUAA